AUGGAAGAAGCUGGGUCUCAGGAGACAGGAGUGAAUACCCGGGGUCAGCUGGUGAACAGUCAGUGCAGCGAGUUCCCUGAUGCAGCACUGCAGCGUGCACAGUCUAACUGCGAUGGCGUGGAAGAAGCUGAGUAUAUUGCCAAGAACAGAAGGCUCCCAGGAUCCACAUGCUGCUCUCGGGAAUCUCGUGAGGAGACUCCUGGGAGAGAAGAAAGUCGUACUGAUCCACCUGAUGGCCAGCAAGAUCCAGAGAGUGAAAAAAGCAAAGAAAAAACUUUAGGAAAGGAAGUGCUGUUACUAAUGCAAGCCUUGAACACGCUUUCUACUCCAGAAGAAAAGUUGGCAGCUUUGUGCAAAAAGUAUGCGGAUCUGUUGGAGGAGAGCAGAAACGUUCAAAAGCAAAUGAAGAUACUGCAGAAGAAACAAGCACAAGUUGUGAAGGAGAAAGUCCACUUACAGAGUGAGCAUAGCAAGGCCAUUCUGGCACGUAGCAAACUGGAAUCUCUCUGCCGGGAGCUUCAGCGUCACAACAAGACAUUAAAGGAAGAAAACAUGCAGCAAGCACGUGAGGAAGAAGAAAGGCGCAAAGAGGCAACUGCACACUUCCAGAUUACACUGAAUGAAAUUCAGGCUCAACUGGAACAGCACGAUAUACAUAAUGCCAAGCUACGCCAGGAAAAUAUUGAACUGGGAGAAAAACUGAAGAAACUCAUUGAGCAAUAUGCUUUGCGAGAAGAGCAUAUUGAUAAGGUGUUCAAACAUAAAGAAUUGCAGCAGCAACUUGUGGAUGCCAAACUUCAACAAACUACCCAGCUUAUAAAAGAAGCAGAGGAAAAACAUCAGCGAGAAAGGGAGUUUCUGCUAAAAGAAGCUACUGAGUCCAGGCACAAAUGUGAACAGAUGAAGCAGCAGGAAGCCCAGCUGAAACAGCAGCUUUCUCUGUACAUGGAUAAAUUUGAAGAAUUCCAGACCACCAUGGCAAAGAGUAAUGAACUCUUUACGACAUUCAGGCAGGAAAUGGAAAAGAUGACAAAGAAGAUUAAGAAACUGGAAAAGGAAACAAUAGUGUGGCGCACAAAAUGGGAAAACAACAACAAGGCUCUUCUGCAAAUGGCUGAAGAGAAAACAGUAAGAGAUAAGGAAUACAAAGGUUUUCAAAUAAAACUGGAGCGUUUGGAGAAGCUUUGCAGAGCUCUUCAGACAGAGAGGAACGAGCUGAACGAGAAGGUGGAAGUCCUGAAGGAACAGGUUUCCCUCCGAGAGGCAGACGUGGAUCUAGCCAUGCAGGUGCUGCAGUCCUGCACGCUCGAUUCCCACGAGGAGCUGGGAACUCCCACUGACGUGGAACCAGGGAUCCAACCUGAUGUCGAACCACGCGCAGCAAAUAGUUCUGAAAAGACUGUCUCAACAAGUCCUGUUCCUGGCACUGAAUCUGACUAAAGUGAAGUGUAAACACUGUAUUGAGAGAUAUAUUUUGUGUAUAACUUUCGCUGUUGGUGGUAACUAUUGGUUUUGUGGUGAAAAUUUUCUUACUUUUUCUACCAUAUCUGUAUUUUCUUAGAACUACUGGACUUAUGUGGUACAAGAAGCUGCCUAGCAGCUUUAAAUAGCUUAAACUAUAAAUUUUUCACAACUGUGUUGCACAUCUGCCUCAUUUUUUAAAAGAAAAUAUUUUUCCAUAAAAGGAUGCACGUGUAUUUCCUCCCCACAACACAAUCACUGUCAUUGAAGACUGUAAGAUGCAACAUCCUUUCAGGGGACGAUAGUGGCAGCGUGUCACUUUCUUGGUUAGAACAGUAUU